AUGAACGAUUCCAAAGCCUACGUUACAUUCUCGUGCCAACGAUGCUUGCAGCCACUUAAACUGGACGAAUCUUUAAACAAUCUUGGAGAACACACUAUUGCUGAUUUAACUCUUCAAAUACGAAGGAACAACGAGGCAGACCUUGAUUUACAAUCAUCGAGCUUAGAACAUUAUGUUCCACCUUUUCGUAUGUUGGAUUCUGGCAACGGAGCUAAUGGGUUUAUGGUGAUUUCUGAUGGCUGGGAAACUACAUCAUUAGGCCAUCAGUUGCAUGUAAAAGGAACAUUGUUUGAUUUGUUAUCUAACAAUUCUGACGUUGACCAUCCAUUAUGUGAUGAAUGCACUGAUACACUUCUAGAAUUGAUGGAUAAUCAGCUAAAGAUCACAGAAGCUGAGUGGAAGGACUAUAAUGACUAUUUGAAAAAGUUGGAGGAUGAUAAAGAAGAUUUAAAUUUAGAAGGCCUUGAAAAAGAAUUGUGUGAUUGGAAAGAAGAAGAAAAUAGAUUGUUACAAGAGUUGUCAGCAUUACAAAAGGAGGAAAAAGCUAUGAAAGAUGAAAUAGAGGUUCAGGAGAAAGAAAAAGAAAGAUUAGAAUUAGAACAAGAUAUAUAUUGGAAAGAAUACACCAGAUAUCGCAAAGAUUUGAUGACAACAGAAGAUCAAAUGAAAUUCUAUGAGUGUCAACUGGCAUAUACUCAAGCACAACUGGAAAAGCUGAAGAAAACAAAUAUAUUUAAAGCAACAUUUCAUAUUUCAGAUUCAGGUCAAUUUGGUAUAAUAAAUAAUUUUAGACUCGGUCGUUUGCCUACAGCACCAGUUGAUUGGUCUGAAAUUAAUGCAGCGUGGGGUCAGACCGUUUUGCUUCUCUCUUCAUUGGCAAGGAAGAUAAACUUCUGCUUUCAGCGAUAUCGGCUAGUUCCAUAUGGAAAUCAUUCUUACAUUGAAGUUUUAGAAGAUCAGAAAGUUUUACCCCUUUAUGGUUCUGGAGGUUUUCGCUUUCUAUGGGAUACAAAGUUUGAUGCAGCUAUGGUUGCUUUUUUGGAUUGUCUUCAGCAAUUUAAAGAACAAGUGGAAAAGGGGAAUACAGGGUUUUGUUUGCCCUACAGAAUAGAUAAAGGAAAAAUUGAAGAUACCGCUUCACCACCACAUGCCUAUUCCAUAAAAAUACAAUUUAACUCGGAGGAACAUUGGACUAAAGCCCUUAAGUACAUGCUGACCAAUUUAAAAUGGGCGCUCACUUGGAUUUCUUCUCAGUUCAGUGAGGAUAAGGUGGAUGGAUAG